AAGAAAUAAAUAGAGGUGGUGGGAGCAGAGAGGAGAGAGAGAGAGAGAGAGAGUGAGUGAGCGGGCGUGUGUGUGAGAGAGAUUGGUGGAGGAGAGAAGCCUCCACACAAUAAUUGGCAUCGAAUGCUGGAAUCGGGAAUCCCACUGUACACCGAAUUUCGAGAGAUCUGUUGCUUUUUACCGGCGCUAUUUAGGCCAAAAGGGCAGCUUUCUUUUCUUCAUCUGCAAUUCAGUUGGAGAGGCAUAGAAGCAGAUGAAGCAGAGAAGAACUGGGUGGAUGAGAGAUUGAGAGGUGGAAAAGGUUGUUAGGGUUCGGAGUUCUCUGCCAGGAAGGAUAAUUAGCUGCUGCAGAGUCGGACAGGUUCGCUGGAGACUGUUAUUUAUCUUCUAAGAUGAUCAUAAGUCUAUAAUCAUUAGUAUAAUUCACGAGGUUGGAUAGCUUUAUCACGACAGCUUUUGCCUCUGUUUUUGACUAGUUCAACUUCUACAAGAUCAAAGUUCCAGGACCGUUAAAUAUCAGAACUGGCGCAAACAUUGGCUGAUUUAGGGAAGCGAGCAUCCGAUUGGUUAAUUUGUGUUCCUGAGAUCUUUUGAUGAUGUAUACGGCAGCAGAUUCGAAUAUGAACUUUCAACAUGGGCUCUUCCCUUCAUCCUUUUGCAAUCAACAUGUUGGUUCUUUUCAAACUGGGACAAUAAACAGCACUGCUGGUUUGGUGCAAGGAGGGAUUAAUUGUUCAGGUGGGAUUAAUACUGCAGCAGGCAUGCUGGCUGGAAACCCUGGUUCUUUAAACAGUGGAUCUUCGUUGAUGUUGGAAGGAAGUUCUAACGGCGAUCACCAUCUUGAGCUCUUGGCCGGUCUCAAACAUGAUACAGGUCUUGCAGCCGAUUGGUCCUACAGAGAACAGGCCCUAUUGAGCCACGGGCUCAUCCAGUAUGCCGAUCAACCUAGCAUAAUGAAAUAUAUCAAGAUUGCUGCUCUUUUGCCCGAGAAAUCUGUAAGGGACGUUGCAUUGAGGAGUAGUUGGAUGAGUAGGAAAGAAACUGGGAAACGUCGUAGAUUAGACGAAUAUUCUACUGGAAGGAAAUGCAAAGAUAGAAAGGAAAAGAUUGGGGAUUCUUCCAUGAAUGUGAAUAUACAUCCAUUUGGCAGCAAUGUUGGAUAUCCUUUUAUGAUGCAUCAUGUGAACAAUAACAAUCAUUUUCUUAGUGAAGCUCCUGUAAUUGACAAUGCUAGCCGGCUACUUUUAGAAGAAAAUGCACAAGUUCUUGGCCAGAUUGCUGCUAAUCUUGAAACAGUCAAGAUCCAUGAUAAUGUAAAUCUCUUUCUACGCACAAGGAUCAAUAUCACAAAGAUUCUGAAUAGCAUGAGUGGAAUGCCUGGAAUUAUGAGUCAGAUGCCACCAUUGCCAGUGACGAUAAGUGAGGAUCUUGUUACGAGCAUUCUUCCAAGCCCAAGUCAAGCAUUCAUUUUCAGUUCAACAACUGGGAGUACUGUGAAACAAGAACCAAGGUGCUAACCACUAACUGUACAUUAACAUGAUUUCUCCAGUACAUGACUAAGGGGAGCAAGCGGUCUUCUUCUGUAGAUCAAUAGCCUUUUUGUAAAGAUCAUACUGUGGCAAGGAACAAUGCCCCUCGAGAAUGAAGCAUUUUGUUAUAUGUUCGACCUCCAAUGGUCUCAUCAGUGAGAGGAAGAGAGAGAGAGAGCCAAAGAGAGAGAGAGAGAGAGAGAGAGAGAGAGAGAGAGAGAGAGAGAGGUGGAAUGUGGUUAUUUUUCAGGACAUCUGUAGAUAAAAGUGAUUCUUUCACGUAGUUGUAACAUGUCCUUUUCCUUCAUUGCAACUUUAUAUAUCUAGCUAGUAAAUUUCUUUGAUAGAGCAAAGUAAUAAAAAGCUGUUCACUUCAUUAGCCAAUCAUAAGUGAAAAAAA